CCAGUUACUUAGGUCCCUGCACCAACUGACACUCACCAACACUGCGCGCAGUGCAUAAACAACAAGAAAGAAGAAGAGUACACCCGAGAGAAAAAUCGAAGUCGCGCACCGCAUUGGUAUUGGUGUCUCGCCGUGUGCAUGUGAAAGCAAGUGCAGUUAGUUUCUAACUGUAAAAAUUUAAGGGCUUUGCGAUGGCACCCAAGGAGUAGAUUCCACUGCGAAUUGGACCCGCAAUUGCAGCCCCCGUCGUUGGACUGUGCGAUUUAGCAUUCGGUGGCUGUGUGGCUAGCCCGCUGCACUGCCCCCAUCGCACCACCCCGCCCUCAAUUCGCCCACAAAUGGAAGAGUCCGGUCCGCCAAGCAAUCCGUCUGCGGUUGCGUCACGUGGCCGCGGACGUGGUCGCCCGCCAAAAGUGGCGCCUACAGCAGUGGGACACGCAUUGAAACACAGCAGUUUAGCGAUAAAGAAUGCCGAUGCAGUGGCUUCGCCCACGCCGCCAGAGGACCAGGAUUCCGGACAGAGCGAGUGCCGGCGCAGUUCGCGCAAGAAGAUCAUCAAGUUCGAUGUACGGGAUUUGCUCAACAAGAACCGCAAGGCGCACAAAAUCCAGAUCGAGGCACGCAUCGACUCGAAUCCCAGUCCCGGACAGUCGUCGGGUACAACUGGAGCAUCCACAUGCACAUCCAUGUCUGCAGCAUCAGCCGCAUCUGCAUCCUCAGCCGCAUCUGUGAGCCGUUUGUUCUCCAUGUUCGAGAUGAGCCACCCAUCGUUGCCGCCACCACCGCCGCCGCCCGCUCUAGAGAUCUUCGCCAAGCCAAGGCCCACACAGAGUCUGAUUGUCGCCCAGGUGACCAGCGAACCAUCGGCUGCCGGUGGCGCCCAUCCCGUACAGACCUGGGUCAGCCUGCCAGCGGUGACACCUCGCAAGCGGGGUCGUCCACGCAAGAGCCAAUCAGCGGAUGUGGCUAUAGUGCCAACAGUCAUUGCCCCCAGCUGCUUCGAUUCCGAUACGAACUCUACCAGCACGACCACUUCCAACAUGAGCAGUGACAGCGGCGAGCCAGCCGGCUUUCCCAAACGGAAGCCCAAGUCCAAGUUGCGUGUCUCACUCAAACGACUGAAUCUGUCCCGUCGGCAAGAAUCCUCCGAUUCGGGGAACUCGCCAUCGUCUUCUUCGCCGGAGGUGGAGCCACCAGCACUCCAGGAUGAGAAUGCUCUGGACCAACAGCCAGAUCAGGAGCAGAACCUGACCCGAAUAGUCGCUGCCGAGGAUAACUCGGAUUCCGAUUCACAGAUCAUGUUCAUUGAGAUCGAAACGGAGAGUCCCAAGGGGCAGGAGGAGCAUGAGGAGCAGGAAGAGGAACAGCCAGUCGAGGUGGAGCCAGAAGAACUGAUCGACAUCGACAUGGAGCUGGCUAAGCAAGGUCCCACUCCUGACCCGGAACAAGAUCUAGACGAGAUUAUGGUGGAGGUGCUCAGUGGGCCACCCAGCCUCUGGUCAGCGGACGAUGAAGCCGAGGAGGAGGAGGAUGUCACAGUUCAGAGAGCCACUCCACCGGAAGACGAACCGACAGCAGACUCCUCCUCACCAGCUCCACGUCGCAGCAGGCGGUCAGCGCCAUUGAGUGGCAGCAGUCGACAGGGGAAGACUCUCGAGGAGACCUUCGCCGAGAUAGCCGCCGAGAGCAGCAAGCAGAUCCUGGAGGCAGAGGAGUCACAGGAUCCGGAGGAGCAGCACAUACUGAUAGAUCUCAUUGAAGACACGCUAAGUGAGCCAGAGGUCACGUCGUCGGUGUCGCCCAUUAUUGAGCACAUUGAGGUGGAAGAAAUCGUAGUCGAGGACAACCAGUUGCUGGAGGAGGUGGAUUCCAAGCAGGAAUUGUACAUUAAUGUCGCUUUGGAGGUUUCAGAAACCAAGGCAGUUGCUUCGGAGCCAGAACAAGAAUUUUCAGAGUCUGACAAGAUUGUUGCCACCUUGAUAGCAGUCAUUCCCGAGCCAAAAGUGGAAACAAAAGCUACGCUGAACGAGGAAUUGGCUAUCGAUGUGGUCCCGAAGCCACAAUUGUUCGCCGAAGAUGUUCCCAUUGCACAAGGAAUUGCUGAAACUGCUGUUGCUGUUGAGCAACUACAUGAAAAAACCACCAUAGAAACAAAACCACCUACAGAAAUAAUCAUUGCAGAAACGAAACCAUCAUUAGUCGUAAAAGAGACGCCACCAAAAUAUGAAGCCGAUCAAAAGGCAACACAGGAAGAUCUGCCCGAAUCGAAGCCAGCCGAAACUAUUCCCGCCUUUGAACGAAUUCCACAUAUUGAAGAGGAAUCGAUAGCGGCUCCGCUUUUGCUUUCAGAAUCAGACACCCGAGAUAAGGCAAUUGGAGAAGUACUAGCCGAUCAAACGUCACUCUCAACAGUAGAAAAGUCAAACAAAAAAGUGGAAAAGACUGAGUUCCCGACUGAGAUUACUGCAUUGAAUGCUGAGACAGUGCAGGAGGAUAGACCACUGGCCGUUCCAGCAGAAGAGACAAGGAAUAAUAGUUCGGACGAGCCAAAGUCCCUAGAAAAUAGCGAACGCAACCAGGAACGGGAGGACAGUGAAGUAGCUGUUGUGGAGAUCAAGGAGCGCAACAACCAAGUGGAGCAAGAGAAAACACCGAUACCAGAGAUGAAGGAGCGCAAGAAACCGCUGAGAAAAGGAGACAAGGAGGUCGGUAAAUCCACUAAAGAGAAUGCUUUAGAAAAGAAUAUGGAAUCGAAGAAAUCUUGUCCAGACGGUACUCCUGGAAAACAAAAAGAGACUGGAAAAGCUGCAAAGGAAGCCACUAUGAAGAAGGAAGCUGAAAAGGAGAAGGCGUCAGCUUCACUAUCGAUGGAUGCACUGGACACAUCAUCCGCUGAUUUUACACCUAAGAGGGAUAAAGAUACUGCCCAAUGUCCACCACUGCUCCAUAAUUCGGAAAGGAGCAGCACCAAACCACUACAAGAAUCUGCACUGUCAGAGAUCUCGAAAUCCACAUCGAAUGAAGGCGCAGUUGCUGCACCAGAUGCAUCCAAAGAGGAACAGGCAGGAAAGAAACCCCUUACCGACAAGAAACUCGCGACCGGCUUCGUUGAGUGCGAUGCCAUGUUCAAGGCAAUGGAUAUGGCCAAUGCCCAGAUGCGUCUCGAGGAGAAGAGCAAGAAAAAGCUGAAGAAGGUGCCGCCCAAGGCGGAGGCACCCAGUCUUUUACCCACCGCCAAGCCGGUUCCUGGGCAGAAGAAGUCGCUGGCAGGCAAGGCCAGCUCGCGCAGGAACACCGUUUACGAGGACUCACCCAAACAGGACAGAAACAGCUCUCCCAGUUCCGAUUCCGCUCAAGUAAACACUUCGGCAGGCAAGUUGAAGCGAUCGAGGGCCAAAAAGAAGCCUAAUCCGCGACGCAGUACGAUAUGUGAGGAUGCUAAGGACCUCAGAUCGAGCACGAGUAGCACACCCACUGAGGAGGUGGCCGCCAGCUCGCCAGUUUCCACCUCUUCGGACUCCUCCUCGAAGCGAAACGCACCCAAGGGAACCUCCCACGAGCUGGCCGGUGGCUCCAAGUUGGACCAGCGACGGAACACUAUCUGCGAGGAUCGUCAAGCCGAGAUCGCCUUACCAGUACCGCUGACCAAGCGCCGCUUCUCGAUGCAUCCCAAGGCAUCCGCGAAUCCGCUGCACGACACCCUUCUUCGUACGUCGGGCAAGAAGCGGGCGCGAAAGGGAGGUAAAGAGUCACUGAGCCGCCAGAGUUCGCUGGACUCCAGUUCGAGUGCCUCGCAAGGAGCAUCGAAGAAGAAAGCCCAAAAGUCUGCGGAAGCUCUAAAUGCGGCUCUCUUGGAAACGGAGUCGUCCGAGUCCACGUCAUCGGGUAGCAAAAUGCGCCGCUGGGAUGUGCAAACCUCACCGGAUCUGGAUCCGCUCAGCGAUAUUGCCAAGUUUAUCGAAGACGGCGUGAAUCUUCUCAAGCGCGACUACAAGGUGGAUGAAGACCAACGGGAGAAGGGGCAGGAUGAAGUGAAACGAGAAGCGAAUCCCGAGGAGGAUGAAUUUGCCCAACGGUUGGCUAAUAUGGAAACUCCGGCCACAACGCCAUCUCCAUCGCCCACGCAAUCGAACCCAGAGGACUCUGCCACCCCAGCGACUAUUCUCCAAGAGAGCAACGCUGGCGGAGGUGUGCGUCGUUCCCAUCGGAUCAAGCAGAAGCCGCAGGGACAACGCGCUAGCCAGGGCAGAGGUGUGGCCAGCAUGGCGCUGGCACCGAUCAGCAUGGACGAGCAGCUGACCGAGCUGGCCAACAUCGAGGCCAUCAACGAGCAGUUUCUGCGCGGUGAGGGCCUGAACACUUUCCAGUUGCUAAAGGAAAACUACUAUCGUUGUGCCAGGCAGGUGAGCCAAGAGAACGCCGAGAUGCAGUGCGAUUGCUUUCUCACCGGCGACGAGGAGGCGCAGGGUCAUCUGAGCUGCGGCGCCGGCUGCAUCAACCGGAUGCUGAUGAUCGAGUGCGGGCCAUUGUGCACGAAUGGUGCGCGGUGCACCAACAAGCGCUUCCAGCAGCACCAGUGCUGGCCAUGUCGCGUUUUCCGCACGGAGAAGAAGGGAUGCGGCAUCACGGCGGAGCUGCAAAUACCGCCGGGUGAAUUCAUCAUGGAGUAUGUGGGCGAGGUGAUUGACAGCGAGGAGUUCGAGCGCAGGCAGCAUCUGUACUCGAAGGAUCGCAAUCGUCACUACUAUUUCAUGGCCCUGCGGGGAGAAGCCAUCAUCGAUGCCACCUCCAAGGGUAACAUCUCGCGGUACAUCAACCACAGCUGCGAUCCCAAUGCCGAGACGCAGAAGUGGACGGUCAACGGAGAGCUGCGCAUUGGAUUCUUCAGCGUGAAGCCCAUUCAACCCGGCGAGGAGAUCACCUUCGAUUACCAGUAUCAGCGGUAUGGCCGAGAUGCACAGCGUUGCUACUGCGAGGCAGCCAACUGUCGGGGAUGGAUUGGAGGCGAACCGGACUCGGAUGAGGGCGAGCAACUGGAUGUGGAAAGUGACAGCGAGGCUGAUUUGGACGAGGAGGAGCUGGAAGCCGAGCCAGAGGCGGAGGCGGAGGCGGAGGGGGGCCAGCCGCGCAAGACAUCAAAGGCCAAGUCAAAGUCGAAGAUCAAGGCGAAACUACCUCUGGCCACCAGUCGCAAGCGCAAAGAGCAGACCAAGCCCAAGGAUCGCGAGUACAAAGCCGGCCGUUGGCUGAAACCCUCUUCUGGCGGCCCAUCAUCGGCGGAGAAGGGCUCGAGGAAGCCCAAGGUCAACAAAUUCCACGCAAUGCUCGAGGAUCCCGAUGUGCUGGAGGAACUCUCGCUGCUCAGUCGCAGCGGGCUGAAGAACCAGCUAGACACGCUGCGCUUCUCGCGUUGCAUGGUUCGUGCCAAGCUGCUCCAGACCCGUCUGCAACUCCUCGGUGUGCUCACGCGCGGCGAGCUACCAUGUCGUCGGCUUUUCCUGGACUAUCACGGCUUGAGAUUGCUACAUGCCUGGAUAAGCGAGAAUGGCAAUGAUGAGCAGUUGAGAGUAGCCCUGCUGGACACCCUCGAAUCGCUGCCUAUUCCGAAUCGCACCAUGCUAAAUGAUAGUCGCGUGUACCAGAGUGUCCAACUGUGGAGCAACGGCCUGGAGCAGCAGAAAGCUGCGGCACCGCAUGCGACGCAGGCGGCUCUUCACAAACGGAUGGUAGCACUGCUCCAAAAAUGGCAAGCUCUGCCGGAGAUCUUCCGCAUCCCCAAGCGCGAACGAAUCGAGCAGAUGAAGGAGCACGAACGGGAGGCGGAUCGCCAGCAAAAGCACGUCCAUGCCAGCACCGCUCUGGAGGAUCAGCGGGAACGGGAGAGCAGCAGCGAUCGCUUCAGGCAGGACCGUUUCCGCCGGGACACGACGAGCAGUCGCAUAAGCAAACCCAUCCGCAUGAGCGGCAACAAUACGAUAUGCACGAUAACCACCCAGCAGAAGGGCAGCAACGGAGCCAUGGACGGAAUGGCCAGGAACGACAGUCGCCGCAGAUCCGACAUGGGGCCCUCGACGGAGCCAAGGCGUACGCUGUCCAAGGAGCUCCGACGCAGUCUGUUUGAGAGGAAGGUGGCUCUGGAUGAGGCCGAGAGGCGUGUGUGCAGCGAGGAUUGGCGCGAGCACGAGCUGCGCUGCGAGUUCUUUGGCGCUGAUCUGAACACGGAUCCCAAGCAGCUGCCCUUCUACCAGAACGCCGACACUGGCGAGUGGUUCAACAGCGACGACAUGCUCGUGCCAGCACCGCCGCGCACAGAGCUGCUGUCGCAGGCGCUCCUCUCACCCGAAAUAGAUGGCGGCCAGGCUGCUCCGGCCGUGGAGUAUAAACUACCGGCUGGAGUGGAUCCCCUUCCGCCCGCCUGGCACUGGCGGAUGACGAGCGACGGCGACAUCUACUACUACAAUCUGCGCGAACGCAUAUCACAAUGGGAACCACCCAGUCCGGAGCAGCGCCUUCAGACGCUGUUGGAGGAGGAUCCUACUCAGCAGCCGCUGCACGAGCUUCAGAACGAUCCCGCGCUCCUGGCCAACGAGCUGAUACAGGUGGACAUAGACUACGUGGGUUCGCUCAGUUCAAAAUCCCUGGCGCAGUAUGUAGAGACCAAGGUGCGGGAGCGCCGUGAUCUGCGUCGCAGUCGACUGGUCUCCAUCCGAUUGAUUAGUCCACGAAGGGAUGAGGAUCGUCUGUACAAUCAGUUGGAGUCCCGCAAGUACAAGGAGAACAAGGAGAAGAUCCGGCGACGCAAGGAGCUCUAUCGACGGCGCAAGCUCGACGCCCCACCGGAUAUCUCAGCGAAUGCGGAGGACGCUAUUCCCGGCAAGCCACUGCCCAUUCAGGCCUACUUGUACUCCUCCGACGAGGAUGAGACUGAAGUCCCAGUUGGGGAACCGGCCGCCACCGAGGGUACAGUGGCGCCGGAGGAGGACCAGGAAUCACUGAACCUGGCACCGAGCACCAGUCAUGCCGCCAUGGCGGCUCUGGGCAAGUCAGUGGCGCAGGCGACGCAGCCGAGCGUAGUGGGGGCGGUUGUCAAGCGGAAGCUACCGAUGCCACCGAAUGUUUCGGCGAAGAAGCAUCGGCAGGAACAGAGGAGCAAGAAGGGCCCGAGUUCCCAGAGUCUCUUAACCACCACCAGUGGACGCGAGGCCCACGAGAAGUUCCGCUUCGAGAUCAGCGGGCAUGUGGCCGAUUUCCUGCGUCCGUAUCGCAAGGAGAGCUGCCAGCUGGGCCGUAUCACCAGUGAUGAGGAUUACAAGUUCCUGAUCAAACGGCUCAGCCAUCAUAUUACCACCAAGGAGGUGCGGUACUGCGACAUCACCGGGAAUCCCCUGUCCUGCACGGAGUCAGUGAAGCACAAGUCCUACGACUUUAUCAACCAGUACAUGCGGAAGAAGGGACGCGUCUACCGGAAGCCAGCGGAGGACACCAUGUUCUAGCCGCCACUCCAGCCAAUGAUAACCUAGAGAAUAGGAGACCGAGCCCGUGUCCCCUUCAACGGCACCAGAACUCGAACCAAAUCCCACACGGAACUAAAACUAUACUUUUACAUUAGAUACGAACUUAAUUAAGGAAUGGUCGUGAAACCCCUAGGAAGUGAUCUACCCCUCGAAGUGGGUAGCGUUUUAAGUGGGGCAAGCAACUAGAGCACUGUACAUCUUAGCAGGAGAUAUCUAUAUUUAGAGAUAGCAAAUUAAUGAAUUGGCGGGGGAUGUAAUAGGAAAACUAAAAAGAAAAUUCAGAAUUGGGGCUCCUACUUUUUCCGAUAUUUGGUUAUAGAUUGUAAUUAAUAAGCAUUUUCACUUUCCUACUCAUUGCUAUUUACCAGCUGACAAACAAUAAAACAAAUUUUCAUAAGGU